GGAGAGGGAAGGACUCAAGAGCAGAGGAGAGUGCGGAGACAGACGCACGCCGCCUCUGUUUGUAUACAGUGAGCUUUCCAACCCGCACAGCUCUCGCUCUCUCGCUCUCUCGUCAUUGUUCUCUUCCCUGCAGCAGCGGCAGGAGCAGCCAGCCAAGAGCUGUCACCGACCCACGGUAGACGGAGGGGGAGAAAGACACACACGCACACACACCCCUAUCUAGCACAUCCCCCGGAGCAGGCGCCUCUCUGCGAGCUAUGAUUGACUCGUGGCAGCAGUUAGUCUGUGAGCUGCGCUGGGGUCUCCCUGGAUAUCCUUAUCUUUAGGCAAAACAGCAGAACUCGUCACAGUGAGAGGAGAGUUCUCUUCCUCACACCACCCCAUCUGUUAAGAAAAAGGACUUUUUUUAUUUCCUUUUGGGGGGGUACAUUUCGAUAUUUGCUGAGUCGCCAGGUAAAAGGGUCGCUUCUCUGCCUGGCUCGUUUCCCCCACGUCGAACUCCUCGAGUCUCCUCUCCACCUUCUUGGGAUCGUCCCUUGGGAGAUCAAAGGAUCAUGAGCUGCCGGGUGGCCGCCUGGUUUCUGCUGUGUGUGAGCUUCGGUGCCCCGCCAUUCGCCAAAGGAGAUAUAUGUGACUCCAACCCUUGUGAAAAUGGAGGCAUCUGUUUGUCAGGGUUGGAUGAUGACUUCUAUUCUUGUGAGUGUCCCGACGGCUUCACAGACCCCAACUGUUCUAGUGUUGUGGAGGUUGCAGAAGAGGAAGAUGAGGAAGAGCCAACACCAGCAGGACCAUGCAUUCCUAAUCCUUGUCAUAAUGGUGGAACAUGUGAAAUUAGUGAAGCAUAUAGAGGAGACACAUUCAUCGGCUAUGUUUGUAUAUGUCCAGAGGGAUUUAAUGGGAUCCACUGCCAGCACAAUGUGAAUGAAUGUGAAGCUGAACCCUGCAAGAAUGGUGGAAUUUGUACAGAUCUCAUAGCUAACUAUUCCUGUGAGUGUCCAGGUGAAUUUAUGGGAAGGAAUUGCCAAUACAAAUGUUCUGGGCCAUUGGGAAUUGAAGGAGGAAUAAUCUCAAACCAACAAAUUACUGCUUCAUCUACCCAUAGAGCUCUUUUUGGGCUCCAGAAAUGGUAUCCCUACUAUGCACGACUUAACAAGAAGGGUCUUGUAAAUGCUUGGACAGCAGCAGAAAAUGACAGAUGGCCAUGGAUUCAGAUAAACCUGCAAAGGAAGAUGAGAAUCACUGGAGUUAUAACCCAAGGUGCCAAGAGAAUUGGCAGCCCGGAAUAUAUAAAAUCAUACAAAAUUGCAUAUAGCAGUGAUGGGAAAUUAUGGGCUACAUACAAAGUGAAAGGCACAAAUGAAGAUAUGGUGUUCCGUGGAAAUGUGGAUAAUAACACACCUUAUGCGAAUUCUUUCACUCCACCAAUAAAAUCUCAGUACAUCCGAUUGUAUCCUCAAGUUUGUAGAAGACAUUGCACUUUACGAAUGGAACUCCUUGGGUGUGAAUUAACAGGAUGUUCUGAACCUCUGGGAAUGAAGUCAGGACACAUACAGGAUUAUCAGAUUACUGCUUCUAGCAUCUUCAGAACACUCAACAUGGACAUGUUUACAUGGGAACCUAGAAAAGCUCGACUGGACAAGCAAGGAAAAGUGAAUGCCUGGACAUCAGGACAUAGUGACCAAUCACAGUGGCUGCAGAUUGACCUCCUUGUGCCUACAAAAGUGACUGGCAUUAUUACUCAAGGAGCUAAAGAUUUUGGUCAUGUACAAUUUGUGGGCUCCUAUAAACUUGCCUACAGCAAUGAUGGGGCGCACUGGACCAUAUAUCAGGAUGGAAAGCAAAAAAAGGAUAAGGUUUUCCAGGGAAACUUUGACAAUGACACCCACAGAAAGAAUGUCAUCGAUCCUGCAAUCUAUGCACGACACAUAAGGAUCCUCCCUUGGUCAUGGUAUGGCAGGAUCACUUUACGGUCAGAGCUCUUGGGCUGCACAGAAGAGGACUGACGAGGAUCUUCACUUCACAGCACAAGUCUUGAUAUUCUUUAAAAAAAAUCUCCAUAGAAGAAACUGUGCAAAACCUGUAGGAAGUUGAAUGGGUUUUUCAUGAACAAGUGCUCACUUUCUGGUAGGCCGCUAACUGUCUUUUGUAAGGAGGUCUCAGCCUGCCCUUAAAAUGGUCCAAUCUGAUUUUAUCCUUUUAAAUCUGUUCCAGUUAUUACUCUGUUUUGCUGUGGAAUUUCCCUUUUGAGUUUUCUCCUGAGUUAUGCACACUGGAUGAAAUAUGGUUAGGAAUGAAAAACAGCAUCAUUUUUACAAGGAAGAUGAAAAUGGCAUGACAGAGUUCAUUUGUGAUUUGGGAAGGAGCGGGCUGAUUCAUUGUUUCAAAACCCAUGCGGUCAUCUUACUUGCAAAAAGUGAUACUGCAGCUUUAGCAAUAAGUUUUCUCGGGGAUGACUGCAUUUGAUUGUUUCCCUUGUGCCUAUCAAGCAUUGUCAAGAUUAAUAACACUUUUUGGAAGAAUCUCUGUGGUCCGCAGUCCUCCUGAUGUUAGAAACUACCUUUCAUAAUUUUCUUUACAAACAGUAGAUUUUAUUGCCACUUGCUUUGCUUUCCAUUAAGCAUGCUGUGGACAUUGUCACUGUCUUUUAUGUUUAAUCACACUAACUGCUGUUUACUUUCAAUGACCGGAUCUGGAUUUUAUGAAACAAUAUCUAUCAUAUAUUAUGAAGUUAAUGGUUUUGUCAGAAUGAAGUUGAUGGAUGCAGUUUUCUUCCCAAAGAAUGCUGAGCUGAAAGGCCAUGGACCAAAUUCAAGACCUUAGCAAAUGCAGCAGAUAGCUGAGCACACAUGUAGACUGCGGAAACAGCCUUGUGUCAUACUUGGGAGUAGCCUCGUGGAGCUGCCUGGAAGAUAGCUUAUUUGGGGAGCUUUGGUGGUCUCAAUGGGUGAGAGUGGCUGUGAGAUCAAGGGUGCAUGCCAAAGCACACAAACCAUGUAGUACUUGCUCUAAGGAAUGAUACACAGUACUCUCCCCGAGAGAAAUAUGGAUGGUGAAGCCUAGCACUGGAUGUUCAUAUGAUAUAGUCACUAAAACUCUUUUAACUAUCAGCUCAGUUUUUUCUGAGGAGGGUGUAGAGGACAGUCCUAUAGGAUGCACAGAGGGAAAUGGGGAGGGGUCUUAGGUCAGUGUUAGAGCACAUAUUUUGCCUUCUGAAACCCUGGAGAACCAUAAAUACUGGGUUAGGUAGUCCAGUGGUCUGACUCAAUACAGGGCAGCCGUGUGCUCAUAUAUGUUCAAGUGUUAUAAAACCAUGGAUUACAGACAGAAGAAGUGAAUGGAUGCAUAUAUGAGACAGAGUCCAAACAUCAGAGCUAAUUGGCAGGGCUAGGUAUCAAUUCUAUCAGAGUGCAGAAAGAAGUGAAGGAUACGGUAUCGCAUGCAGAAUUUCGCUUCCUAAGAAACUCCACUUUCAUCUGAAGACGAAUGAGUUUCUAGCUCCUCAGGCUCUGAAGCUAUGCUGGAAAGUGUCUGGGCAUUAAUCCCUGAUACAAUUACCAAAUGGUCAGGAGGGGAGUUUCAGUAACCUCCAAAGUUCCUGCUCUCCCCAUGACAAGCAAAGGCACACACUUGGGAUGGGAUAGGUGUAGAAUUUUAGUGUUUGGGGUCUGAUACACAGUUGCUUAACCAGUGAAUGUGUACACCAGGAGACAGACCAUAGACAGUUCCUCCUUGGAGAGAGUGCAGAAUUCCUGUUUCAGGCAUUCUGUUUCUUAUACUUCACAGAUCCGGUGCUUAGUUCUAUUCCACACUGGCUGAGUUCUGUAACAUUAAGGGAGAUAUGACUUAAAUGUUGAAGGGGGGGGUGCUCCUUACUGCUGUUUCACAGUGGUUAGCUGCAGCUGCUGCAUCAUGGUUUAGUUGUGUGAACACCUUUAUCACAAAUCAGUCACCGCAGAUGGAAGUUUCUUACUCAUCAGAUCCUUUCAGGGGAAGCAAUUAUCUUAUGUGAUAGUUUGUAACCUGAAGACAACCACCUUACUGAUCAACUGAGUUGACCAUAAAUUCAGUUCCCCUACACUUACAGGGGAACUUACAUCAACUACUGUGCCUCAGGUGUCACAUCUGAAAAUAUAUUCAUUUUAAUGGAGCCCAGAUGCAAUGCACAACAAUCAAUGCUAGCAAAUCAUGCAUGGUUUUGUGCAUUUUCUAAAAGCAGCAACAAACCUUUGUCCAUCCUCAGUCAAAUAAGAUAUGACCCUGUUGUCACUGGAAUGGGUGUCCAGAUGUGCUGGAAGAGCAUUCUAUAAAUGACUCCAGUCCUAAUUCUGACAUCAGUUUGACCCAAGCUGUAAACAUUAAGUGUGAAAACAUUGCUAGGCCAUAAUCCAGAUCGAAUUUCUCUUGUGUGAAAUUCUUGCUUGUGAAGGAGAAAUUCCUAAAGAAUUUUGGCCCUAUCCAAGACAAAUCACUUUCAUUUUUAACAAGUACUGUCACUUUCUUUUCUCAUUCUUGGAUGUCUUCCCAUUACUUGAAACCUCCAAACCAUAAUUAUUCUCAUUGUUAAUCUCAUAACAUGUUGUUGUGCCUGUGUCUCAUUAAUAUAUCAUGCCAAGCAUUUGUUUGCAUUAUUGUUAAAGGGGAAAAAGAAACACGGAGAUAUAAACAUUGGUUCCGUAACCUUGAAAAACAACUUGUCAUCCUAUAAUUGUUACAAAGAGGAAUCUUGUAGAGAUGAGACUAAAACCUUUUUUAAAUCGCAAUUUAACCUCCUAUUUUCCAUGUACAGAUGGUAACAUCUGAUUUGCUUCAAAUGGUUUUAGACAUGAACUUUUAGUGAUGGUGGAGGCUCUCUCACAGCAUCUCUCUCUCUCUCAAAAAGGUUGAACCUGUAAAAGAGUAAGACCUGUCUACACAAAUUCUCAAGGCGUAUUUGUUCACAUGUUUAUUUUGUAAAGCUUAGAUGUGAGUGUUCAGAGAUUCUCCGUUUGAGAAUCUAAUCAAGGUAAAGUAAAUAUAUGUAAGAAACAUUAAGGUCCUGUGCAACACCGUUAAGUUGAUAAUUUCCCCCCGUUUUUAAGUUGGAUUUGUGCUGCAUUACAAAAGCCACUAGACUGUUACUGUCUUGUCUGUAACUGUGUUAACAUUUCUUAACAAUGUUAUCUAUGGAGUGGUCUUCAAUUGUAGUGAAUAAUUUUAAAGAGAAAGUCAAUCAUAAUUGCAUUUUAAGGUGCAAAAGGCUGAUGGAAUAAGACUGGGGACUGAAAUGGCAUUUCAUACAGCUCAUACUCUGCACCUUAGGCUGUUAUGAAGAUGCUGCAGUUCACAGCUCACUUACUCCAGAGCAAUUCUACAUCAUUUUAUAGGCCUGCUCUAGAGUAAAAAAUAAAGUUGUGGAUUGUUAAUGUUUGAAUGUUCAGUGGGUCUAGAGUUUAAAGGGGCCUCAUCAUUUUCUCCUGUUUUAUGGGGCCCAACUGGGCACUAGCAGUCAUUUGCUGGUACAAUAGAUAGCAAGCAAAAUCAUUUGGAACUUGACAUCCUACAAACAAACACAAGCCCAAAUCCAGAGGUCUUCACAUGACCACCAGAAAGGUGGCUGGCACCGUCCAGGUUUUCAGUGCUGAUCCUUGUUAUGGAGUGCAGAUCCUGGAGCUUUUCCAGACAGCAGGGUUGAAUGCAGGUUUUCUGUGAGGCUUUACUGCGAGUUCGAAGUUGCCCCCGAAACCCGAUGCAAAAAGUGGAUUUUUUAACUCCAGAUAUAAAUCGGGCUACGCUCUUAACAAGCGAUGAAAAGCCACAAUUGUAUGUGAAGUGCUCCUUGAUAGCUCACAGGGACUCUGGGGUAAAUUUAGCCGAUAUGUGAACAUUCCAGAGGAGAUGCGAACUAAAAGUCGGGUGUUCCUGCUGGCAACUCUGCACAUACUCCCCUAAAAGAUCAUUGAUGCUGUCAAUGCUAGAAAACCACCUUGAGAUCGUAGUAAUGAAAGAUGGUAUAUAAACCUAACAAUAAAAAUGCAGACAGUACCAUCCAUCUAUUUGGUGCUGCAUACAUGUUCCUUUCACAGUAAGGGAAACCACCUGCAGCUUCCUUUUGCUUGGGUCCCAAUCCAGAAAGGGAUCUUAAUAUGCAGACCACCUUUGAUAGUUCAGGGUAAUAACUUUUAAUUCUUACAUGGUAGAAAGUCUCUGUUAAAAAAUGCUUUUGUUUUCAGCCUCCCAUGAACAAGAGAUUAUUUAUGCAAACAAGACAAAUGUAGUUCUUGAGUGUUUGGGUUGCAAUCCUGAAAGACCUCUGCUAUAUUGCUAAUGCCACUUCAGUUAAUGAAGCUUGAAUGGAUGGAGCACUUUGAGCUGCUAGUCAGUGUCGUCUUAUGAAAUGUUUCUGCAUUUAUUAAUACGUUUUGCUUUUUUAAAAAAUUGCAUUUAAAUGAAAUUUUCUUGGAUUUGCAAUUAAAUUAUACAAAUAAUAAUUUUACAGCACAUAAAAAUAACGCCAUGUUGAAAAUGUAGUCAUUUCUGUUCAUUAUUCUUCUAUAUGAAAGGUUUGCAUUUUGCCUGUGUGUCUGCUCAUUCCUGUCAGCCUUUGCCAUUUCCUUCUUAUGAGCCUGAAAGCUUUUGAUUUUUUACAGUCUAUACCUUGGGAACAUUCUGCCAUCAUCUGCUUCAGUUACAUCAUGAAAAAUAUCAAUAAAUGGCUUUGACAUCUGUUUAGUAAAUUUGGCCCCCAUUCACAAGGGAGAUCUCUUGUGCAAGGACUGUUAAAAUGUAUGGGAGCCACACAAAACACCACCCUGCAUUUAAUUUCAUAAGCCUUGCAAAAGAGACCAUCCCAUUUGCUUGGGCCCCUUAGAUUUUACAUAACCAUUGCAUGCCAAAUGUGUCCCAUAACUCUUGAGCACUAUCUUUUGAUUCUGUUUUUCAUUGUGUUAAAUUUGCUAGUGCUGCAGGAUGUACUCUAUAGACAAAGAAUUAAUUCACACAUGCAUAUUCAUAACUCACUGACUGGUCCAUAUGGAACAGCCAUCAUUGAACAAAUACUAUUAUUAUUAUAUUUAUAUUUAUAUCCCGCUUUUCCUCCAAGGAGCCCACCUACAUACUUGAGUUUCUCCUCACAACAACCCUGUGAAGUAGGUUAGGCUGAGAGAGAAGUGACUGGCCCAGAGUCACCCAGCUAGUAUCAUGGUUGAAUGGGGAUUUGAACUCGGGUCUCCCCGGUCCUAGUCCAGCACUCUAAUUACUAGACCUUUCAGAUUACCUGACAUCAUUUCAAAUAUAGUAUUUUUUUAAUGCAGGAAGCUCAGACAUUCAUCGGUGAGUCAUCAAGUGUUGCAUCAUUGAGUGCUAAGAUACUGGAUGAGUUCAGGUGAAUUUAACCAUGUUUAAUAAUGGUUUAGUGCUGCUUGCACAAGCCACAGGCUCUUAUGCACUUCCUAAGAGAAGUGUAAGUGCUGCUUCCAUUCUUGGUUUUAAAAAAAUACAUGAUGUGUCUUUAUGUCUGAACCUGGCAAAUAGUCGUUCAUCCUAACUACAGUUUGUAAAUUAGCUAGGAUAUCCAACCAGGAUCCUGGUUUGUUCACAGUUUGUGUUUAGAAAAAGCUGUGAUUUAUGUUAAUUUGGACACAACAACAAAUUGUGGCUGUUUUCAAAUCAGGAACCAAAGCAGCAACUCUCCUGCCCUGUAGGGGAGGGAAUGAACGGGCCUGAGGCUUAUGCUAGUAGCACUCAACCAUAAUACGUCUGCAUCUGACCAUAGUGUGGUAUAAUACAUACAUGUUUAAAUCAGCCCUAAGUCUUCAUAUUAUGUCUUCUUUAAAAAUGGAACUGCAUCUCACACUUGUACAUAUUAGAUAUGGGUAUUAUCUACAAACUGCUUAAGGGGAAAUACGUGCACUCAGGGGUGUAGCUAUAAUUGAGCAGAUGGGUUCAAAGAACCCAGGCCCGCCAGCUCUUGAGGCCCCCCCCCAGCUCCACCCCUCCCUAUUUUCAUUAUCUCCCUUACUCCGAGGGGCUACCAGGGAGAGGGGCAAAUGCGGGCCCCCUCACCCCUAGCUACGCCCCUGCUUGCACUUCAGUAAUACUAAGGUCAAGAGCCAGUACUGCAGGCUAAGUGGUUUGUGCAUCACAAUUGGAGUCUGAUCCUAAAAUAAGGGGGAAAGGGUCACAAAUGAUCCUAUUUAUGUAUGUGGCUUAGAUGGGCAGAGGGUUCAGCAACAAGUCACAGGGUCAAGCAGCACUCCCUUGACUGGAAGCAGAAUGUUUUGUAUGGACUAAAGUUUAUAUGUGUGUGUUUGAGCAUGAGUGUUCUCUUCUCAUGCUAUCUGCCCUCCCUUUUUCGUUGGAAUAUUUUCCACAGACACUCGCAGGCCUGGUUCAUAAGACUUCUCAGAUAUCCAGUGAAUGGUGUGCAGAAAAGAAAUCAAGAUCAGGCCCACUAUUCCCUCUGCCAAACUCCAUAUGUUCAUCCAAAAGCCUGAACAGGGCCCUUGUGUGUACAAUGGUACAUGGAUAGGCCAUGUACAUGCAAGCAGGAAUCCUGCCUGCAUACCCAAUCUCCCUAGAGAGCCUGUGUGCAUAAAACCCGUCUAGACCUUCAGCUAAAUGUGUAGAGAUCAGGAUUUGGAAUAGUGUGUGCAAUCCCACCCCACCACUCUCAGACAUUGACUGUCUGAAAAGGUUAUAGACAAUGUUCUAUGCGUUAGGUAUGCGUGCGUCCGUGUGUGUUUGCAAGCUUGAGGUUCUACACCACACUGCUUGUUGUUCAUACAUACCAAAGCCAUGUGUGAACUUGUCCAAAGUUAAAAAGAAAUCAUUAAUGUGCUUAAUAGGAAGUAAUUAUGUGGAAACUAAUGUAAUUUCCUUAAAAGUAGGCUUUGUGAGGUUUACCUCUUAUCUGCCUUUAUGAUCAGAAGGCUGGUCUCUUUAGAGCUGCAGCUUUAAAAUCACUUACUUCUGAGUAAUCUAUAGAUUUAAAAGAAAGUGGUUUGAAGAAUAUAAUCUUUAAAUUUAUUGGGGAAAUAUUAUGAAAUUGUCCUUAACUUUUUUGUAUUAAUUCCAACAGUGUAUCUGGAUUGGAGUGAAAAAAUAUUUUCCUUCGCUUACCCCGAGCGCGUUAAUUAUUUCUAGGCAGAUUUCACAUUUCUUAAUGCUCCCUUAAAUGCUACUUUUAUAGCCUGGAAAGUAAAACAUAAUGCACAAAGUUUAGGAAUCUCUGUGUUCUCUUAAGGGCUUCUCACAAAAACAAACACUAACCCUGGUUCUGAGUUUUAGGUUGACUUUCUCUUUCAGUAUGAACACACGUAUUUGUGUGUGUUUUGAAGACGAAGGAUACUAAUGAGUGUAUCUGUGCUAUACAACAAAAUAUGAAAUAUAAUAGUCAACGCUGGCUUCAGAUGUGUCAGUAAGUACAGAAGUAUCUCAGACACAAUCGACCUUUGCAACCUUGGCGACUUGUGUAAAGUUCCAGUGUUUUUUGUAUAUACUUAAAUCAUGUAGAAUGAUGUUAAAACAGUAUGACCUCGUCUAGUCUUCGAACUUAACAAUAAAACUUUUGAAAAAUUAGGAAA